AUGGCGAAUCCUAACCUGCAGGGCCGUGCCGGCCAUAAUCUCCCCUCGCCUCCCAGUACAGAUAGCCCUCUCUCCCCAGCAAGUGCAGGAAGCAACCCAAUCUCUUUCCGAACGAACGUGAACCGCUCAAAAACAAAACGCUGGGUGGAAGCUAAACAAUAUUCGUAUGAUGGUGGAGACUGGGGCGACGAAGACGAUGAAGAGGAGGAAGAGGAAGCUCCCCCCGAUUGUGCCCCGACCUCCAUAUGCAACGCAAAGAACUGGCAGCUCAUCCGAGUUGAGCUCCAGGCCCCGACUGUUGACGCCAGUACCGAUCAACAAAAGGCCGCUCCUUUCGUCAGACCUGCGGAUCUAUACAAGCGCAUGCAUGAGAAGACACCAACGGGCUCUCCCCAGCUGGGGACGCCUCCAAUCUCUUUGCAGCCUGGAAGUCAAUUACAAAAUGCCGACUCCAUCAGUACUCUUUCGGAGCCGGCACAGAAUGCGCCUGCCGUUGGAUUGCCUGACAUAAAGCGAAUGUCCGCGUUUGGUACCGAUUUUCUAGAUUCGGGUGACUCGAUCGUGCAGCCAACUAGUACAGAAACCAGGGAGCCAACCUUACAGCAUAAUCCUUCUCAAGCCUCUCAGGCCUCGGAGGCUUCUCAGGGAUUCACGUCAGUGGUUCAUCAAGCCUUCGAUGUCCCAGAAACUCCAAAUUCUACUGCUGGCAGUGUGGCACGAUCGAAUAGCGAUGGAACUUCCGUGAUCAGCCCCAUCAUUAGUAAUCGUGGACCUCAGGAUAGAACACCCACUAUUCCUGAGGAACCUGCAGAGUCGAGUACCCCUACUGGGGCUCUCAAUGAUGUGCCUGCUUUUAUUCCAGGUCACCGACGUGAUCUGAGCGUUCCGAGCCGGGACAAUAGCCCUUCGAAGAAACCGAUUCUCACUGAGCAGGAGCCACCCUCGGAAGGCCAAGCAGAAUUGUCUUCCAUCUCUCCUGGUCAGACUCCGUUGCCACCGCAGCCCCUUGAUGGGACAACCCCCGCCGCUGAGAACUUUGUUGCGCCACUCAAAUUCGGUGAAAGGAAGAUGUCUGAGCAGUCUGGGUCGGACGGGUAUCGAGGCAGUAUCCCUACGAUUAUCCCCGCAUCUAACAUUGACUCCCCAGAAGACGGGGAUAAUGACCGACUCAGAGAAGAAAUAAUUCGCUCACUGAGCAGAGAGGGCUCACAAGAGCCAGAUCAUAUUCCCCAAGCCGAGGAAACCAAGGAGGACUCCAUCCCACACCAAUAUGAGAAAUAUUGGGAUGGACAAACCGGUCCUGGUACUGAGACUCCCAAAGCUUUGGUUUCUGAAUCUCAUCCGGACUGGACUAAUUCUCACCCCCUGGGUUCUCAGGAUCCAUAUGGAACUCAUCAAACACCUGCUGAGUCUUCUUUGGUUGAGGAAGCCCCACAGAAACCUCGGUUAGGAAGACGAUUUUCGUGGGAGUCAUCCUCUUCGACUGGUCAGCCAACCCAAGCUCCUUCUGGCGGUAAUGCUCCUUUGUCUUCGCAACCAGCCGUGCCUCUUCCUGAAGACCCUGCCGCUCACGCGCCGGAGAGUGUUGACCGGGAACUGCCAGCCUAUGAUAGCGAAUGCUCUGACAGCUUGCGCGUUGAGAAACCCAGGCUUUCAAUUGUACCUCCAAUUCCGGAAAACUCCGCACCUCCAGUGCAGGUUAUGGGACCGGUGGAUGGCCAAGGACCCCAGACCAGUGCUCAUUCUAUGCCUGUGGGGACUUUAUCUAUCGACGAGAACAAGCUCCAGGGUUUCCGUGAUAUUCUAAAUAUUACGUCUGCUGGUGAACGUACGAAGGCCUUUGACAACACGAGAGAUCAAUUUUCCGCCCUCAACAGUGGUUUAAACCACUGGCUUCAGAUUACUAUUCACGACCACCCGGAGCAUGCGGAUUUAGUCUACUCGAGCCAGAGCGUAUCUGGUAUACCUCGUAACUCUCCAAUCAGAAGUCGGUUCCCCAAAAAGCUCGCUUCCAUCGGCAACCUGACUACGCCAAAGGAGGAUGGUGACCCAACCAGUGCCAGUCAUGUAAGGCGGCCUUCUGGUAAUAUUGGAACCAUCAUGAACAAGUCAAAUGUCGAACAACGUGGCAAGGAAUUCCUCCAUACGGCGGGCACAUUCGGCGGCAAGGCCGGCGAAGCUGCUAAGGGCUUCUUUGCUAAAGGCAGAAGCAAGUUCCGGGCAGGCGGAGACAAGGAUCAGUCGUCGACCUCUCGGCCAAGAAGUCUUCACUUCGGCUUACAAUCGGAGUCAAAUAGCUCCCAGGGUAAUUCUUCCUUCCGCAGAUCUGUCAACCUAGGCAGCCUGCCUGUUUUCAAGUUUGGGCAAAACAAAAACACAUCUGCUCCUUCUGGAGACAAUGCACAGGAUGUGCACCGUUCCGGCAAACGCUUCAAGUCUACCGGCUCCAUGGAUCUCCAAGGCUUCCAAACGGACCUUGAAGGUACAUCCGGUAGAGCUGUUUCACAACCUUUGCAACCUUUAUCAUCGGAUGAAGAUCGAUCUCGGAAGGCAAAUGCCAGAAACUCUGGCAUGGUCAGUGACCUCGAGCAGGAGAUGAUUGCUGCUCUUGGCCUGUCUCCUACUAAACCCCUACCUGACCCGCUGGCUAACGCGGACCCGGCACUUCCCUUCAGUGCACCUGAUGGGCGGCUUCAGGGGACCCCACGACCACCUUCCAAUAAUGAUCAUGGGGUGGCCGAGGAAGAUAAUAUGCAUAGCAACCAACCUUCAAGUGGAGAAAAGAGCUUGCCGGUGCUUCCCGUCAGGGAGUCCAAUGGUUUGGUUUUCCCGGGAGCAAGAAAUUCAAGCACCGAGCCUGUUCUGGGUUUGCCGCACAUCCUGAUUCCAUCCAUUCGCCCUGUUAUUGAGACCGAGUCAGCGUCUCCGCCCACAACUCCGCUGGAGGCAGUCUCACCAAGCGACAUCCCACCAGCUACCCCACCAAAAGAUCUUGCGCCACCUAAGGAAGGUCAUACACGCCAGCGAUCAGUUUCAACACUUGGCGCCGAUGAGAGAAACAAGAACGAUCAGCAGGAUGACACUCCGCCAUCCCCGUUGCAACCACCAUCGCCAGAGACAGAUGAUUCUAUCUAUGGCAAGGCGUUACCUCAGAACAAGACUUCUACUUCUUCCCUGCCAUCUGCUGAGGAGAUUUCCCCGGGCUUUGUGCCUGUACCCCUGCCGAGACCCGCAACAUCUGCUGAAGUUCUUGACGCAAAGCGAAGGUCGAUCAGUGGACUUCCGCCUUCUGCGCCGAAUAUGCAAAGCCCAUUGAGAAAUGAAGUCAGAUACUCGCCAGCAAACCGAAGCAGCAUGUUAAGCUUUGGAAGUUGGGGCCGCCAGAGCAACAACAGCAGAGGUACUCGGCCGCCUACUCCUGCGAAUGAAAUAUCGUCGCGUAUUGAAACAAACUCCUCAGCACAGAAUGGUGAGUCCAAGAUGGAUAAAUUGAAGAGCUUUGGGAAACGACGCCGUGCUUCGGUGGGCGAUCUUUUGUCCGGUAUUCAAGGAGGACUUCGGGGGCUUCAAGAAAAGAUCAGCCAGCCAGAACCUCAGGAGAAGGAGAAGACGCACCAGCGGAAACGAAGCUUCAGCAUGCUAAGUAACUUCUUUACUCGUUCCGAGUCUCAACCUCCAGUCGACCUGAAAAAUAGCCACCCAACGUCUGCGGCCGGUGAGUCGGAGGACAAAGACCUGCCAGCUUCCCCUUUGAUUGACCGCACACACUUGUCGGGUUCACAGGGCGGACAUGAAAAUUCUGCAGAGCUUGCUCCGUCCGAAACACCAGCCGCUAAGUUUGAGUCGAGUAGACGACUGUCUAGCGAUAGUGCAUCUCGCCAACGUGCGAGUAUACAUCUUCCUCCGAGUGCAUCGGCCAAUGCCUUGGCAUCUGGUCGCUUCUAUUCCCAGGCUCCAUCUACCGACUAUCCGCCUUCAACUCAACACACCCGUGUGAAGAGCUUGCCUCUAAUUAGCCAGCCCCUGUCUUCUAUACCCCAUUCCGAAUCAAACAACAAUGGCUUUGUGGAUUCGCAGCCAUGGGGACCUGGAGGUCAGGUGUCUCAAGAGGAGCAGCUAGUACGUCAAUCGUCGGAGGGCGCACAUGACUCCCCUAAGGCAGUCAAAGAAUUCGAGGAGCAAUCCUCCCAGCCAGUCAAGUCAGCCCUCAAGCCCAAUGUCAGCAUUAAGUCCCGAAAACCUAUCGAUACUCAGCCCGAGUCCACUGUGACAAUCGAGCCCAAAAACAUCGCCGUCUCGGGUAUGUCUACUAUAACUCUUUCGGAACAUCCCCACCGCGAUGAGACUAAGACAUUCAACCGCAACUCCGAGCCUGUCGAGCUUGCCCUCAAAGAUGACGACAGUGAUGAAAUUGUCAUGUCCCCCACUGCCUACCCAGGACAAGAAUGGGCCCCUAUGCACAUGUAG